AUGGUCGACCUCAAAAGCGUCUUCCCGACAAUAACGGCUUUUAUCGCGUUCAUCAUAACGCUAUGCUGCCUCUUUGCAGGAACACAGAAGAACCUGCUCGGCGAUGUCAACCUGCUCACGCUCUACACCCCCGAAGGCGGCUCCACCUCCGCAGCCCACGACUUCUACUCCGUGCACGUAAUGUCCUACUGCCAAGGUACACUGGGCACCGCCUCCCCCGGCGCCUCCGACACACCGCGCAACGUGACCUCGUGUUCGAGCCGAACGAUCCUGUUCUCGUUCGAUCCGACCGCAGCCUGGACGAAGGAGAUCACGCACGGGCCGGGGCUGGAGUGGCCGCGGGUUAUCAGUGAUGACUUCCAUGCGUUCCGGAUGACGAGCCGCGCGAUGGCGGUGUUGUAUAUUAUCGGAGUCGGGGCCGUGGGGUUGGUUCUGCUGGUGAAGGCGGUUUCCCUGGCUAUGCCGAGGGCAGGGCAUGGCUUGUUUGAGUUUGGGUUUUUCGUGGUAAGUGCUUGUCCGCUCGUGACUGUGACCGUGACCGUGACCGUGACCGUGACCAUGACCUGCCUCGGUUCGCUCAGCAUCAGCAUCGCAUCGAUCAUCGCGACGGUCAUCGCGUUCGAAUUCGUCGCGCUCAUCAACGCGCAUGGCGACGGGUCCAAUGUCUCCGCCCGGUACGGGAACAAGUUCCUUGGCAUGACUUGGGCGUCCACGGGCCUGCUGCUGAUCGGCAGUCUCGGCAGCUUCAUCAACGUCUUUGUCCGGGGUGUGUACGUACCGCGCGCGCCCGAGCCGGUUCCGAAGGACGAGGAGGAGGAGGGCUGA